CUUAGCUAACCGGUUGAUCGCGAGUUAGCGUCGCAUUCCUUCAAUCCGUCGCUUUGUCUCACAUUUCUUCCAAGCUCACCCGGUUAUUCCCAGGGAUAUUCCUCAAAUUUCACCCCUGAAAGCUUCGAAAGAGUGGCAAUAUGAAACUCUACGCUGUGUCCGAUGGACCCCCGUCGCUGGCCGUCCGGAUGGCUCUGAAGGCCCUGGACAUUCCCUUCGAGCUGGUCAGUGUGAACUACAUGAUUGGCGAGCACAUGACGGACAAGUACGCCGAGAUGAAUCCGCAAAAGGAGAUUCCCGUGCUGGACGACGACGGAUUCUAUCUGCCUGAAACCGUGGCGAUUCUGCAAUAUCUCUGCGACAAGUAUCGCCCGGACUCUGAACUCUAUCCCAAGGAUCCCAAGGCUCGAGCCAUCGUCAACCAUCGGCUGUGCUUCAACUCAGCCUUCUACUACAGCAGCAUUUCCAUGUACGCGUUGGCGCCGAUUUUCUACGACUACAAACGCACCGAAGGCGGUCUCAAGCGUCUCCACAUCUCUCUGGCCACCUUCGAGACUUACCUUAAGCGCUCCGGGACAAAAUAUGCCGCCGCUGAUCACGUGACCAUCGCAGAUUUCACUCUCAUCACAGCCACUUGCGGCCUGGAGGCGAUCAACUUCAGCCUGGACGAGUAUCCCGUGCUGAAGAACUGGUACGAAACCUUCAAGAAGGAGUACCCCGACUUGUGGGCCAUCGCCGAGGGCGGCAUGAAGGAACUGGCGGCGUUCGAGAAGAAUCCACCAGAUCUCAGCCACAUCAACCACCCCAUUCACCCCGUGAGGAAGAAUUGAGGAGGUGU